CGCCCAGAGGCUGCGGUUCCCGUAGGCCUGGCCCAGCCKCCGGCCCUAUCCCCAGUCAGGUUUCUCAGGGCCAGGCCUGAGCUUUGCCUUCAGUGACUCUUCGCGAGCGGAGGUCGCGCCUGAUUUUUGUGCUCAAACUGGUAUCCCACUGCGUUUUUUAAAAAAGCUUCCAGGGUGGAUCAUGUUUUGUGAAGCCGGUCAGGGAGACUGAAGGAAGUCACUCUUAUCCCGCCUGGGAAGGCGGCAGCCACCAACUGUAGAAAGGCAGCCGGUCGUUUGAUGAAGUGUCCAUUAGUGCCUGGUGAAGAAUGCAAUGGGAUCAAUAGCAUGUCUACCGAGAGCAGCCCUGGGACAAGACUGAGAAAUUUACCAGUAAUGGGGGAUGGACUAGAAGCUACACAAAUGUCUACAACACAGGCGCAAGCCCAACCCCAACAAGGCAAUACUCUAUCCACUAAUCCAUCACCUCCAGAGACCUCAAACCCUAACAAACCCAAGCGCAUGACCAACCAGCUGCAGUAUCUGCUCAAAGUGGUGCUUAAGACACUAUGGAAACACCAGUUUUCAUGGCCUUUCCAGCAGCCCGUGGAUGCUGUCAAACUACAACUCCCUGAUUAUUAUAAAAUUAUUAAAACUCCUAUGGAUAUGGGAACAAUAAAGAAACGCUUAGAGAAUAACUACUACUGGAAUGCUCAAGAAUGUAUCCAGGACUUCAACACAAUGUUUACAAAUUGUUACAUCUAUAAUAAGCCAGGGGAUGAUAUUGUUCUCAUGGCAGAAGCUCUAGAAAAACUCUUCCUUCAAAAAAUCUCUGAAAUGACCCAGGAAGAAACUGAAAUAGUUAUAGUCCAGACAAAAGGAAGAGGACGUGGUAGGAAAGAAACAGUUACAGCCAAGGCAGGAGCUUCAGCGGUACAGAACACAACUCAAACUUCAUCCCCACCACAGACUCCAGCUCCGCAACAGAAUCCUCAGCCUGCUCAAACAACUCAUUCCUUUCCUUCUAUGACCCCCGACCUUAUUGUCCAGGCACCAGUAAUGACGGUGGUGCCUCCCCAGCCUCCUGCGCCACCUCCUCCUCCCCCUCCUCCCCCUCCCCCUCCUCCAGCUUCUGCCCCCCAGCCUAUUCAGACUCACCCACCAAUAAUCCCAACAGCUGCACAGCCCAUGAAGACAAAAAAAGGCGUGAAGAGGAAAGCAGACACUACUACCCCAACAACAAUAGAUCCAGUCCACGAGCCCUCAUCAUUGCCUGCAGAACCGAAGCCUGCCAAGGCAGGUCCACGAAGGGAAAGCCGACCUGUGAAACCUCCAAAAAAGGAUGUUCCAGACUCUCAGCAGCACGUGGUAGAAAAAAGUAGCAGUAACAAAGUAUCAGAGCAAUUAAAGUAUUGUAGCGGUAUCAUAAAAGAGAUGUUUGCUAAGAAGCACGCAGCCUACGCUUGGCCCUUCUACAAACCUGUGGAUGUAGAAGCACUUGGACUUCAUGAUUAUCGUGAUAUCAUUAAACAUCCCAUGGAUCUGAGCACAAUUAAAUCUAAACUAGAGAAUCGGGAUUACAGAGAUGCUCAGGAAUUUGCAGCUGAUGUCCGAUUAAUGUUUUCCAAUUGUUACAAGUAUAACCCUCCUGACCAUGAGGUGGUUGCAAUGGCUCGAAAAUUGCAGGAUGUAUUUGAAAUGCGUUUUGCUAAAAUGCCAGAUGAACCCGAAGAACCUGUGAUUCCAGCUUCCUCUCCAGUAGCGGUGCAGCCCCCACCCAAAGUGCCGCCACCUUCAUCCAGCGAUAGCAGCAGUGACAGUUCCUCUGAUAGUGACAGUUCAUCAGAUGAUUCUGAAGAAGAGCGAGCUCAACGACUAGCAGAACUUCAGGAACAACUUAAAGCAGUGCAUGAGCAGUUGGCUGCUCUGUCCCAGCCGCAACAGAACAAACCAAAGAAAAAAGAAAAAGACAAGAAAGAAAAGAAAAAAGAAAAGCACAAAAAGAAGGACGAAGUAGAAGAAAACAAGAAAAAUAAAACCAAGGAUCCACUACCUAAAAAGGCCAAGAAGAAUAAUGGCAACAAUAGCAACUCAAGUAAGAAGGAGCCCGUGACUGUGAAGAAUGCCAAGCCACCUCCUGUUUAUGAAUCUGAGGAGGAGGAGAAAUGUAAGCCAAUGUCUUACGAGGAAAAAAGACAAUUGAGCCUGGACAUUAACAAGCUCCCUGGUGAAAAACUAGGCCGGGUUGUCCAUAUCAUCCAGUCAAGAGAACCCUCUCUCAAAAACUCCAAUCCUGAUGAGAUUGAAAUUGACUUUGAGACAUUAAAGGCAUCCACGUUGCGGGAGCUGGAGAGAUAUGUAACAUCUUGUUUACGGAAAAAGAGGAAACCCCAAGCAGAGAAAGUGGAUGUAAUUGCUGGUUCCUCUAAAAUGAAGGGGUUCUCCUCCUCAGAGUCUGAGAGCACCAGUGAGUCCAGCUCCUCCGACAGUGAAGAUUCAGAAACAGAAAUUCCACCUAAACUUAAGAAAAAAGGACAUACUGGACGAGAACAGAAAAAACAUCACCACCAUCACCAUCAACAAGCGCAGCAGCAGCAGCCGCCGCAGCCUCCACCGCAACAGCAGUUACAACCGCAACAGCUACCACCGCCAUCCACAGCUGUCCCUCCACAAACAGUUGCUUCAAUCAAGUCCUCUCCUCCAGCUUUUGUUCCAGCGCAGAUCCCAGUUAUGGAGCAUCCGCUCCCAGGGAACAUGUUUGACAGUAUCUCUCAUUUCACUCAACCUAUUAUGCAGCUUCCUCCACCAGAGAUGCCGCCCCAUAUUCCUCAGCAGCCUGAGCACAGCACUCCUCCUCAUUUGAAUCAACAUACGGUUGUGUCUCCUCCAGCUUUGCACAAUGCUCUGCCUCAGCAGCCCUCAAGACCCAGCAAUCGAGCUGCAGCGCUCCCCCUUAAACCUUCUCGACCCCCUGCAGUUUCGCCAGCCCUUAACCAGCAGCCCAUGCUCCCUCAGCCCCCACUCCCCCAGCCCCCCCAAGUGCUGCUCGCGGAUGAAGAACCUCCUGCGCCUCAUCACACCCUGCCACUCAGUAACAGCCAGAUGCAGCUGUACCUGCAGCAGCUGCAGAAAGCGCAGCCACAGACUUCUCUCCUCCCUUCAGUGAAGGUCCAGUCACAGCCUCAGCCGUCCUUGCAGCCUUCCCCUCAUCCUCCAGUGCAGCAGUUACAGCACCAACCGCAGCCGAGGCCAGUACAUAUGCAGCCCAUGCAGUUUGCGCCCCACAUGCCUCAGCCUCAGCCCCCUCCACAGCAGCAUCUCCCCCCACAGCAGCCGCAGCCGCCACCUCAACAGCCGCCAAAGCCCCAACAGGUCAUCCAGCAUCAUCAGUCACCGAGACAUCACAAGCCAGACCUCUACUCAACUGGUCACUUGAGAGAAGCGCCUUCCCCUCUUAUGAUGCAUUCCCCACAGAUGCCACAGUUCCAGGGGCUGUCACACCAGUCUCCGCCUCAACCAAAUGUCCAGCCAAAAAAACAGGAACUGAGGGCAGCUUCUGUAGUUCAGUCGCAGCCUAUGGUAAAAGAGGAAAAGAUGCAGUCGCCAGUCAUUCGAAAUGAGACUUUCAGUCCAGCCUUGCGGCAAGAUCCUCCAAAGCACCCAGAGAGCAUCAAGCCACCUGCGCAUAUCCAGCAGCGAACAGAAAUGAAGCCAGUGGAUGGUGGACGACCUGUUAUAAGACCCUCAGAGCAAAAUGCUCCACCAGGAGUCCAAGAAAAAGAGAGACAGAAGCAGGAACCAAAAACACCCGUUGCCCCUAAAAAGGACCUGAAGAUAAAGAAUAUGGGCUCCUGGGCAAGUUUAGUGCAAAAGCAUCCCGCUGCACCAUCCUCUACGGCGAAAUCAAGCAGUGACAGCUUUGAGCACUUCAGGAGGGCAGCACGGGAAAAGGAAGAGAGAGAGAAGGCUUUGAAAGCUCAGGCGGAGCAAGCGGAGAAGGAGAAGGAGCGGCAGCGGCGGGAGCAGGAGCGAAUGAGGAGCCGUGAAGAGGAGGAUGCACUGGAGCAAGCUCGCAGAGUUCAUGAAGAAGUCCGGCGGCGCCAGGAGCAGCAGCAGCAACAGCAGCAGCAGCAGCAACAGCCCCAGCAUCAGCCACCCCCGCCACCCCCACCACAGCAGCCCCAGCCCCCGCCGCAGGUGUCAGCCGCAGCCUCCGCUCCUCAAGCGCAGAGCUCUCAGCCCCACGCUUCUCAGUCCAUGCUGGACCAACAGAGGGAGAUGCUCAGAAAACGAGAGCAGGAACGAAGGCGCAGAGAGGCAAUGGCAGCUACUAUUGACAUGAAUUUCCAGAGUGAUUUGUUGGCAAUAUUUGAAGAGAAUCUUUUCUAAUGGCACCUAGUUUUCUUCGCCUGACUCCUUAAUUUCCUGGCAAACCCUUGACUCUCCACAGUGUUGUUGGCGGCUGGGAGGAAAGCAUUCCUGCAGCCUUUCUGCAUGUGUGACAGUCGCGGCCUCGGAUGGAUGGAUGGAUCAGCAGAGUCUGCCUUACGAUUUGACUUUCUCCCCCACCGGCCACCCCACCCCACCCCACCCUCACACACACAUCACUGAAGAAAGAGAGACCAAGACAAGCCAACCCUGUGCUAGGUUUGAGUCUGUGGACAUGAAGUCGCUGGGAAGGGUGCCCUGAUCACUUGAUAUUCUCUAUGCCAAACUUACUUGCAGUAUAUCCAGGACUUUAUGCUGUUCACCCUUUUUCUAUUCAGAAGCGUUCUGGGUCACAGAAUGUCUUUGACUCUCCAGUGCUAUGUGCCGGCAGCACAAGACACUCUGCAUGGAGAGGCAGUGUACAGGAAGAAUCUGCCUGGGGUCCAGCAGGGAAGACACACAAGCCGUUUGGGGCCCUUUCAUCACUGGCUUUGCCUUUAACUAAACUUCCCGCAAGCCUCUGGGAGCCAUUCUCUGUAAGUGUUCGCUUGUGAAAAAGGGAAUAAUUUAGUGGAGGUGUCAAGUGUAACUGGCCUUUUGAGUGAGGUUUCUUGUUUAGCAUUGUGCGGAGGUCCAGGAAUCUGAGCUAGACUACCAACCAAAGUCAGUUUCUUUCCGUCUGUUUAUUUUCCUCCAUACAAAUUGCCACCGCUCGACUCCUGAGUGGAUAUUCUUGUCUCUUCAUCACAGAGUGGAGUGGAGUGGGGAAAGCAUUAGCACCAGGGGAAGCGACCACCCUGUCAAUAGUGUUUGACUGUGGCUGUAUUGUAUAGUGAAUAUAGUUGGCAUAUAUUUGUUUGAGUUUUAUUGGUGAACUCACCAAACUCUGUAAAGACACUGCUUAUAUUUUGCUCAGUUCCAGACUUUUAGUCUAUAUUUUUAACUGUAAUACAAAAAAAAAGUACAUUUUGGGUUUUUUAAUGUCAUGGAGUCUGUUAAAAAUUAGUUUUUAUACAGCAAAGGAGCAGCUCUGAAAGCUGGGAGCAGAUUUGAAUCAGCAGGAAAGAAGACCUGCUCCUUUUGUCUUCGGUUGAGUCGUCUUUCACUGUCAGUUAUCAUUUUCCCAGCACCGUUCGCGUGUUAUUUUAAUUUUGCUCUUUGACUUGUUCCACGUUUAUGUGCCAUAAAUACCCACUAUACAGUACAAUACUGGUGUGUCAGUAUUGGCCAAUCUCUGGAGUAAUUAAUUGGUUUUACUUUAAUACGGUGAAUAUGCAUUUGGUCUGUACUGAUCAUGGAAUAAACUCAUCUCUUCUUUUUUAAAGUUGGUGUCGUACUGACAUUUUUCUUUCAAAUUCUGCUUGUGCUGAAAUGAUCUAAGAAGUAAGGCUACAGAGCAUAGCAUGUUCCUUCCAGCUGUCUUGCUUUAGCGGGGAAAGGUGUUCUCCAGUCACAAUAAGCAGAGUUUCUAUCUUGUAAUCAACAUAGCAAAGGUUUAGCCCUGAGAAUAGUAGUACUAAAACAAGAAAAUUCCAUAGAAAUGGAAAAAGACAAGCAGUUUAGUGCCUUCUCAACAUAGACUUGGUUUCACACCGUAGCACUAAGCCAAAUAUAGGAGAACACAUAGAUACUGGUCUCAGUGACUCUUCUUCCUGCUGUGGUAAAUCUCAAAGAGAGCAUGAUGUAGCUUCUGGCAGCAAAAAUUCCCCACUUCUAUGUGAACAUUUGUCUUAAUUCUUCUGAAUGAUAUUCCUCCAAACCUUGGACAAGGCCCACGUUAUCAGCAAGCUUUCCUUUCAAGCUUCGCUGAGCUAUAUAAGAUUAAGGGCAUAUGGAUUAGUUGAUGCUGACCCAUGAGAAACAACUGAAUACAGAGAAGGGUGGAGGGGGGGAGUCAGCAUUUCAAUUUCCAAUUCUUAUGAUCCACACAUGUGUUCUGAUGAGAACUGCUGGCCAAAGGAUUCGACAGUUCAGAGCUUACAAAUAGCGUUGGUCUUGCUACUUCUCUUGACAAAAAUGAGUGUUCUGGCUUUAAAUUGUCUUUAGCCUGGGUCUGUGGCAUUGGGCUGUCAAUGAAACACUGUUAACACGGUGUGCUUAUUCUUGCUAAGCCCAUUGCUGAGCAAGUGUAGAGAAAAUUGUCACUCUUGUCUAAAAUCUCAGCCAACAUCACUUCAGAACCUUCAGCCAAAAAUUUAAGCCCACCAUCAUCUCUCCUCUUUGCUCCCAUGAGAUUACAAUAGUGUAGCCAGUAAAGACUCUGCCUAGUUGGUGACUAGUAGGCCUAAUUCAGAGAUCAAAUCAACCUUGUGUUACAUAAUCCAUACAUGACGAAGAGGGCAGAAUUGAAUAUAACAUAAAGUUAAGUACCUAUAUUUCAGACUAUCCACAAGUCCAUCCUGCUAUCCUUAUAUUGGAAGAAGUGAAAUGGGAUGCCUAAAGAAGUCAAAUUUGCCUAUAGUGAACAUUAUUAUUGAAACUUACAGUCCUUUCCAGCCUUGUUCUCAGAUCUCUUGACAGCAGAAGGGACAUGUCAACUUCUGCACAGCAUCAAGACUGUAGGCCGUCACUGCCACAUGGUAUGUGGUAGAUCGCGUGUUCUCUGUUCUCAGUCCGACUUGGUCUUUCAACUUGCAGCUGAAUCUUUUGCCCUUAAACAGCAGAGAUGCAUGAUUGCAUAUCAGUAUUGAUAAUUCAGUAUAGCCGCCAUCUACUGAGAGGGCAAAUUGAAUUUAAGGGCCAGUGUUUCUUUGGCAUUCUUGUGAGCAGUCAAUCACCAUGCUGAACUUUUACCUCAAGGUGCCUUUCAAUUCUACAUCAUUAGAAGAUCCCUGCGCUUUUCUGUGUAAAGUCCUAGAUGGUUGGGUACUUUAAGAAAGAUGGCGGAUGGAGCAGAAUUCCCCAGACAGCUUUUCCAAAGGCUAUUUGGCUGUAUCUUGCUAAAAGCAUCUGAGUAGGUGAUUAUUACAGCUUUCUACUAGAGUGCUUUGUUUAAGCAAGUAACAUCUUUACUGUGCAGUCCUUCUUCCUGGUAGGUAUCAUUCUUGAGAAAGCCAGCAGACGUCUGCCCUUUUGUCUCCAAGCACAGCUAGUUCAUAUCAGAAGCAAACUAGACUCGCAACCUUAGAUUUGAAAAUAGAGUGGCGUGAUCAGCAAGAUGCUGGGUUCCUGACAGCAGCAUCCAGUCCUGGAGUUGCCACUUGCUUGGAAGCAUGUUGUGGUUCCUUUUCUAGACCAACAUAAAGGCAGUCUCAGCAUGCUGGAUUGUGUGAAAGAAUAGCUUCCAUCCUUGAAUUGCUGGGCAUCAUCUCUUUGGAGCAGAUUAAAUGUCCAGAUCACAUCAGUUCUUUACAAAAGCUUAGUUGGUGGAUUAGCCCUUGAUUUUAAUCUGUAUCCCAGGAACUGUCAGGAAAAGGGGGCUCGUAUAACUAUAGCUGCAAACAUGCUUAGAUAGCAAGAGCCCCUUGCAUCCCCCUUUCUUCCCUGUGUCCCCAGGCGCAUCCUCUCUACCACAGGUUCAUACAACUGGCCUUAAUCUUCUCUUCUUGGCUCUUCGGCAAAUUCAUAAUGUGGAGGUGGGACUUCUGCUUCCCCUCUGAACGUGUUCUGACCCCCACGUUUUCAUUGUUAGCCCUUUCUCACAGUAUUCCUUGCCCCCACAUCUCUCCUCCCCACCCUGCCACCUUUUUUACGAAGCACUUUGGAUGAUCAUCUCCCUCCUUUAAUUUUAAGCUCAGGGUUUUUGGGGUACUUUACGUGCACAUCCGCUGUAAGAGUGAAUCACAUGUGAGCUCAUCGCAAAUUGUACAUAAUGGAAUUGCACCAUACUGACAAAAAUGAAAGGCAUAAGAAAAUGGAGAUGCUGGAACUUCUACCAAGAGAGCACCCUCAGUUGUAAAAUUUUGAAAGUAUAUAAUUUAUAUGUAUGCAAAGAACAACACCCUCUGUGUUCAGUCAGUAGUAGUCCUUUUUUUAAUGUUUAACCCUCUUUUUGCAUUGGACACUUGCCAAACCUUUCUUGUCAGUAGUUGAGAGUUCCAAGUAGUGGUAGCCUUUUUUUAGAUUGGUGGCUUACUCAGCUGUCUCGUUCCUCUUACUCCUUUCUUCUACUCUCUUUCUCUUUUGCAAAUUUCUUGAAAUGUUUACAAGCUUGCACCUAUCUACUUUAAUUUUUUUUUAAAGCUGUACUUGGGCUUUUUAUUUUCACACAUUUCUGAAUGAUGAACAUAGAAUGGUAUCAUUAGUUGGAGAAUGAUUCUUUUUUUCUGCCAAAGGUAUUUUUUUGCAAUUCUUGUGUUUUAUUUUUCUGUUUUUAUGAGAUGUUUUGUGUUUAUAAUUUGGUUGUCAUUCAGACUGAGACAUAUUUAAUUUCCCCCUCUUCCCUCAUCCCCAUUGUAUGAUUUUAACAAUUACAGAUAUUAGCUGUAGGAGUCUAGCCUAAAUGAUGUAUCUUGGUUAUUUUUUCCUCCCUUCUUUGGUCCUGUACAAAUGAAUUAAGAGAAACGUACAAUCCCUUGUACUUAAUGCACGGAACGCUUGGCAAAUAAUUAUGUCAGUGAAUUUGAAACUUGUAUUAAACACUUUAGACAUUUGUAGAAGGGAAUUCAUAGAGUUUUCACUUAUAUACUAAAGGUUUUUUGUGCGGUUCUCAUUGCAAAAAUAAACAUUUGUACUGAA